AUGGCGGUGCCGCUUCUGACGAGGAAGAUCGUGAAGAAGAGGGUCAAGCACUUCAAGAGGGCCCAUAGCGACCGCUACAUUGGCCUCAAGACCAGCUGGCGCAGGCCAAAGGGUAUUGAUUCCCGGGUGAGGAGAAAGUUCAAGGGAUGUACUUUGAUGCCCAACAUUGGCUAUGGUUCUGACAAGAAGACCAGGCAUUACCUGCCAAACAAGUUCAAGAAGUUUGUUGUCCACAAUGUCUCCGAGCUGGAGCUGCUUAUGAUGCACAACAGGUAA